CUGGCCUCGCGCACAAGGCCCCGCUCACCUCUGAGGGAGCGAAGCCCGAUCCGUUCAGGCCGCACGCAUUCCUCCACCACUACCGAGGGGGAAUCACUCCUUCCUCGGACUGACCACACCAGGGUCAAGCACAGAAAAAUGUCUGGAAAAAUAACAAAAGAGGAGGAGGAGGAGAUGAGGGAGACCUUUGGGAAAAUUGAUCUGGACGGUGACGGACACAUCUGCGACUACGAACUCAGCGAGCUCCUCAAAGAGGCCGGCCACGCCUUGCCGGGCUACAUGGUUCGGGAGAUCCUCCAGAAACUCGACCGCAACAAGGACAACAAGAUCAGCUUCGACGAGUUUCUAUCGAUUGUAAAAGAGCUGAAGGGCACUCAAAUAGCAAAAACCUUCCGCAAGGCCAUCAACAGAAAAGAAGGCAUCCUGGCCAUCGGUGGGACGUCUGAGCUGUCGAGCGAAGGCACACAGCACUCGUUCUCCGAGGAGGAGCGGUACGCGUUUGUAAACUGGAUCAACACAGCUCUGGAAAAAGAUCCCGACUGCCAGCAUGUCCUGCCCAUGGAUCCCAACACAGACUCUCUGUUCACAUCCGUGGGAGACGGUAUAGUGCUCUGCAAAAUGAUCAACCUGUCGGUGCCAGACACCAUCGACGAGCGGACCAUCAAUAAGAAGAAGCUGACGCCAUUCACAAUACAGGAGAACCUGAACUUGGCCCUGAACUCGGCCUCCGCCAUCGGCUGCCACGUGGUCAACAUCGGCGCUCUGGACCUGAAGGAGGGGAAGCCCCACCUGGACCUGAUGAAGCUCUCCCCAGAAGAGCUGCUGCUACGCUGGGCUAACUUUCACCUGGAAAACGCCGGCUGGCAGAAGAUCAACAACUUCAGCUCAGACAUCAAGGACUCCAGGGCUUAUUUCCACCUCCUGAACCAGAUUUCUCCCAAAGGCACAGAGGAGGAUCAGCCACGCAUCGACAUCAACAUGGCCGGCUUCGCUGAAAAGGAUGAUAUGAAGAGGGCGGAGGCCAUGCUGCAACAGGCCGACCGGCUCGGCUGCCGGCAGUUCGUCACCCCCGCCGACGUGGUCAGCGGGAACCCCAAACUCAACCUGGCCUUCGUGGCCAACCUGGACCUGCAGGAUGCCCUGGUCAUCCUCCAGCUGUACGAGAAGAUUAAAGUUCCCGUCGACUGGAACAACAAGGUCAACAAGCCUCCGUAUCCUAAACUGGGAACCAACAUGAAAAAGUUGGAGAACUGUAACUACGCGGUGGACCUGGGCAAGUCGGCCAAGUUCUCCCUGGUUGGCAUCGGCGGGCAGGACCUGAACGAUGGCAACGCCACCCUGACCCUCGCACUGUUCACCUGUCCUUUUUUGGACAGCUACGGCAAAGUAAACCGAGCCCUGCAUAACUUCCCAAAAUACACGUUGAAUGUACUGGAGGACCUGGGUGAAGGAGAGAAAGUUAACGAUGACAUCAUCGUAAAAUGGGUCAACAAAACAUUGGCAGAGGCUGGAAAAUCAACCAAGAUUUCAAGUUUCAAGGACAAGGAGAUCAGCAGCAGUUUGGCGGUUUUGGAGCUGAUCGACGCCAUCCAGCCCGGCAGCAUCAGCUACGAGCUGAUAAAAACCGGCAGCCUCUCCGAGGCCGACAAGCUGGAGAACGCCAAGUAA